ACAGAUUUCAUUUGUCAACUGUCAUAUAUGUCAUUAUUGUCACAAAUACGUCAUUUACGUGGCUCCGAUGUUUUAUAUUUAUUAUUAAAAAAACUACGUCUGUUUUUACCAAAAUAUUGCAAUGGGGCUUUGCAAAUGCCCAAAACGUCGCGUCACAAACCAAUUUUGUUUCGAACAUCGUGUUUGUGUUUGUGAAAACUGUAUGGUCACUAACCAUCCAAUUUGCGUCGUUCAAUCUUAUUUGCAAUGGUUACAAGACAGCGACUACAACUCAAUAUGUGAGUUGUGUAAUAAAGAACUGAACGUAGAGGACAGUAUUAGACUAACUUGUUACCAUGUAUUUCAUUGGUCAUGUCUAGACCACUUUUCACGGCAGUUGCCACCUACGACAGCCCCCCGAGGCUACACUUGUCCCUCGUGCAAGAGCCCUCUGUUUCCUCCUUCAAAUUUAAUCAGCCCUGUUGCUGACGUCUUGAAAGAGAAACUGGUGGGUGUUAACUGGGCUAGGGCCGGUUUGGGACUUCCGCUGUUAUCUGAAGACAGGGAAGUAAAAGCUGUGGUCAAUCACACGUCGUCUAUUUCAACGAAUAAGUCUCCGAAUCCGUCACAUUCUGUUGUGAAUGUGGAGGAUCAAGGAGCUUUCAGCAGGACAGGGACUGAGGCAUAUCAGGCGUCAUCAAAUAGACGAAUUUUUCAGGAUGUGAGGGAGGUCAAGCCGGUAGUUUUUGAUCAUGAUGAGGAUAAGUAUAAAAGGAGGCCCGCAAGCGAAUUAGUUAAAACUUGGUGGAGGAUAACGUUUGGGGGGGCGUCAAAAGUGAGAGGUGGCAAAUCUUUUUAUAGGAAGUAUUGCAUGUUGGGGAUUAUUCUAGUGCUAGGGGUCGUAGUUCUAAUCUUGAUUAUGUCACGAUUAGGGAGGUACAACACCGAAAAUGAUCCCAAUUUUGAUGUGAGGAAUAAUCCCAAUAUUCACGUUCAGCACAUGCAAGCUCUUGAUUGAUUGUGAAUAUUUUUUUAUUUGCUACGCUCUACUUACAUAAUUAUAUAAUUUGUACAUAAUGGAAUUAAUAAAUGAGUAAACAAGCAA